UAUCACAGCCCCAAACGGUCCAACGUUCCAACCCCAUCCCCAUCCCCGCCUCGGGCGCGCGCGAAGCUCCGCCGCCGCCGCCGCCGCCGCUGCAGGAUGUCGCUCUGCUGCUGCAGCGCGGGGAGCCGUCGCCUCCUCCUCUCGCGCCUCCUCCUCGGCCAGGGCCGCCAGGCCCGGCGCCCCCUCCUCCACCUUCGCACCACCGCGACCGCCGCCGCCUCGUCCUCCGCCACAUCUCUCUCGACGCAGCAGCAGCGCCAGGUCUCCCUCUACGUGGAAGCCCUCCUCGACUGGAACCAGAGGAUGAACCUGACCGCCGUCACCGACGAGUCCGAGGUCAUGACGCGCCACGUGGUUGACUCGCUCGCCGUGCUUCCUCCACUCGAGCGCGCAUACACCUCCCGCGGCGGCGACAUUUCUGGCAUCAGCCUUGUCGAUGUCGGCUCUGGUGCGGGGCUCCCCGGGCUGAUCCUUGCUGUUGCGCGGCCAAGCUGGAAGUUUACGCUGUUGGAGUCGAUGCGGAAGCGGUGCACGUUCUUGGAGCACGCAGUUGAGGUCAUGGAGCUGUCAAAUGUGGAUGUGGUGUGUGACCGAGCUGAGGGAUUCCAUUCGACGCGGACUACGCAAAGAAGCGAAAGACGCAUUGAAGUGGCAAACGGAGUUGAAGCAGAAGUUGCAGCUGUCGGCGACAUCUCCCUGGAGUUAGCUGAUGGAUUCAAGCUUCAGCUUAAAGAUGUUCUAUAUGUUCCAUCAUGUCAUAGAAACUUGAUUAGUGUUUCAUGUUUGGACAAAGAUAAUUAUGAAUGUUAUUUUGGACAUGGCAAUUGUGUCAUGUGGUUUAAUAAUGCUUACGUGGGUGAUGCUUUAUUACACGAUGAGCUUUAUUUAUUAUCACUACGUGGAAAAGUGCAUUCUGUGUGUAAUGGGAAUGAGCAUGUCGCAUCGAAUAAAGAACAAAAGAAAAGAAAGAGAACUCACGACUCAUCGAAAUUAUGACACUGUCGCUUGGGCCAUAUUUCCAAGGGGAGAAUAGAAAGAUUAGUCAAAAGUGAAAUUCUUCCUCCGCUAGAGUUCUCAGACUUAGAACAAUGCAUAGAUUGCAUUAAGGAAAGUAUGUAAAACAAAUUAAAAAGGUGCAAACCGUAGCACAACAACACUAGAAAUCAUUCACACUGACAUUUUCGGACCAUUUUCGGUGAAAAGUGUGGAUGGAUAUGAUUCGUUCAUAACAUUUACAGAUGAUUACUCUCGCUAUGACCACUCGCAAGUAGGACGUCAUCCAUAUGCACAGGAUUAGAAUGAAUUUCCUAUUCUAUAAAUUUGCAUGACCAUAGUACUCUCCCCCACGGUCGGAUCUUACUAUCUUUAUUCUUUUAUCAUGCUGAUUUUCAACUUCAGCUUUGAAUAUCUUAAAUUUAUCCAACACUUCAGAUCUUUCUUUGAUUGGAUAAAUAUAACCAUAGCGAGAGUAAUCAUCUGUGAAUGUUAUGAACGAGUCAUAUCCAUCCACACUUUUCACCGGAAAUGGUCCACAAAUGUCAGUGUGAAUGAUUUCUAGUGUUGUUGUGCUACCGUUUGCACCCUUUUUAAUUUGUUUUACAUACUUUCCUUUAAUGCAAUCUAUGCAUUGUUCUAAGUCUGAGAACUCUAGCUGAGGAAGAAUUUCACUUUUGACUAAUCUUUCUAUUCUCCCCUUGGAAAUAUGGCCCAAGCGAUAGUGCCAUAAUUUCGAUGAGUCGUGAGUUCUCUUUCUUUUCUUUUGUUCUUUAUUCGAUGCGACAUGCUCAUUCCCAUUACACACAGAAUGCACUUUUCCACGUAGUGAUAAUAAAUAAAGCUCAUCGUGUAGUAAAGCAUCAACCACGUAAGCAUUAUUAAACCACAUGACACAAUUGCCAUGUCCAAAAUAACAUUCAUAAUUAUCUUUGUCCAAACAUGAAACACUAAUCAAGUUUCUAUGACAUGAUGGAACAUAUAAAACAUCUCUAAGCUGAAGCUUGAAUCCAUCAGCUAACUCCAGGGAGAUGUCGCCGACAACUACAACUUCUGUUUCAACUCCGUUUGCCACUUCAAUGCGUCUUUGCGUAGUCCGCGUCGAAUGGAAUCCCUGUAACGAAUUUGCAACACGAACAGUUGCUCCUGAUUCAAUCCACCAAGUAGAUUUCAAAAACUGUGUAUACAAGGAUUCAUUUACAAAGGAAACAAUGUUGUUACCUCUCUUUGCCAUUAUGGUCUUCAGGGCAAUCUUUCUUAUAGUGCCCAGUCUUCUUACAAUGGAGACAUGUGUCUUUGUCCACUGAGAUGCUGAUGUUGAGUUUUUCCAUGUGGCUUAGAAGGAGAACCUUUGCUAUUUUGAUUGUAAUUCGUUUUCUUGUUAUCCUUCACAUAGUGCCCAGUCUUUAGGGCAAUCUUUCUUAUAGUGCCCAGUCUUCUUACAAUGGA